AUGGCUCAGAAAGGAGUUCAGCUGGACACAGAAACCUUCUCCUGCUCCAUCUGCCUGGACGUCCUGAAGGACCCGGUGACUAUUCCCUGUGGACACAGCUACUGUAUGAACUGUAUUAAAGGCCACUUUGAUGGAGAGGAUCAGAAGGGACUUCACAGCUGCCCUCAAUGCAGGAAACACUUCAUACCGAGGCCUGUCCUGGAGAAAAGCACCAUGUUAGUGUCUUUAGUGGAGCAGCUGGAGAAGACUGGACUCCAAGCUGCUCCUGCUGACCACUGCUAUGCUGGACCUGAAGAUGUGGCCUGCGAUUUUUGCUCUGGGAGAAAACUGAGAGCCAUCAAGUCCUGUUUGAGCUGUGUGGCCUCUUACUGUGAGGAGCACCUUCAGCCUCAUUAUGACGUGGCUCCACUAAAGAAGCACAAGCUGGUGGAGCCCUCCAAGAAGCUCCAGGAGAACAUCUGCUCCGUCCACGAUGAGGUGAAGAAGCUGUUCUGCCGCACCGAUCAGAAGUCCAUCUGUUAUCUCUGCUCUGUGGAUGAACAUAAAGGCCACCACACAGUGUCGGCGGCAGCAGAAAGGACUGAGAGGCAGAGAGAGCUGGAGGGGAGGCGGCAACAAAUCCAGCAGAGAAUCCAGGACAAAAAGCAAGAUGUGAAGCUUCUCCAGCAGGAGGUGGAGGCCUUCGAUCAGUCUGCUGACAAAACAGUGGAGGACAGUGAGAAGAUGUUCACUCAGCUGAUCCGUCUCAUCCAGAACAGACGCUCUGAUGUGGAGCAGCAGGUCAGAUCUGAGCAGCGAACUGCAGUGAGGGGAGUCAAAGAGCUUCAGCAGAAGCUGCAGCAGGAGAUCACUGAGCUGCAGAGGAAAGACGCUGAGCUGCAGCAGCUCUCACACACAGAGGACCACGUCCAGUUUCUGACCAGCUUCCCCUCACUGCCAGCACUCGGGGAGUCCACACACUCCUCCAGCAUCGGGGAGCGAGCGGUGGUCAUAGCCUUCGUGGUGUGCUGGCUGCCCUAUCACGCGCGCCGCCUCAUGUUCUGCUACGUCUCCGACUGGUCAGAGUGA